AUGAGCAGCGUAAGAGAUGAGACAGAAGAAACUCAAACAGAAAAUGAGCAGCGUAAGAGGAGACAGAGGAAACUCAAACAGAAGAUGAGCAGUGUAAGAGGAGACAGGGAAACUCAAACAGAAGAUGUGCAGCGUAAGAGGAGACAGAGGAAACUCAAACAGAAGAUGAGCAGCGUAAGAGGAGACAGAGGAAACUCAAACAGAAGAUGA